CUCGCAUCACAAAAUCUUAAAUAAUGGAACUAAAACUCAGAGGUUUGCCUGUAGGAUUCAGGUUUCGUCCAACAGACUGUGAGAUUUCAAAAUAUUUAUUGACCAAAAAUGUUAUGGAAGAACAGCCAAUGAAAGUUCGUAAUGUACGGUAUGUACCUGAAGAGUGUCAUGAUAUAUUCUCAAAACAUCCUCGUGACUUGCCUGGCUACCCAAGAGAAACAGAUUGGUACUUUUAUUGCAAAAAACUUAGUAGCCAAGUUACUACCAACUCUCAUAGUAUUUGGAAACAAAUCGGAGAUGAAACUGAUGUUUUAGAUCCAAAGAAUAAUGAUGCAUUAGUCGGUAUCAAACGUCCAUUUACUCUUGUUGAUCACGAAGAAGAGUCCGAUGAUAUUCUUUUGUCAGAUGAAGACGAACCUUCACAAUAUAAUUGGUUCAUGGAUGAAAUUAGCCUCCCAUUGAAAGUUUCAGAGACUGAUUGGGUUUUGUGCCAUGUUUUCCGCAAAAUAAAACCUGAAUUUGAAUCCAAAGAAGAGGAAGAAGAAGAAGAAAGUGUUGUUGCAAAGAGUUUGGAUCUUCUUAGAGAGAACGAUGGAAAUGUUCUUCCUCCAUCUCAUUCUCCACCUUAGCUUCUUCUGAUGGCUUUAUCAAGGUGUUCUUUAAAAAGGGUGAGUUAGUUUAGCUAUAAUUAUACUAAUUUUGUAAUUAUGCUACGAAUAAAAAAAGAGAGCACAAUUUGUAAAGAUCAGUUUAUAAGAACCAGA